UCUUGAGUGUCCCAGGCUGGCCUCUUAACUCUUUAUGUAGCCCAGACUAACCUUGCCUGGAGAUCCUCCUGCCUCAGCCCCCUGAAUGCUAGGCUUAUGGUGUGCACCAUUACACCGUCUACUUACUUACUUACUUACUUACUUACUUACUUAUUCAAAAAUGGUUUGGGUAUGAGUCAUUGGACCUGAGUUUUAAUUAAAAUAGCCACAGUGAAUAACCACUUUUUAGGCUAAUAAGUAUAAAUUAACUCAGAUUUUGGUUCUCUUGUUUAGUAUUUCUUUUGGAUUCUUAGUAUGUAUUAACAUAGGUUACUUACUUAAAGGUAGCAGAUUGAAAAGUUUUAGGAUGAAAUAUGGAAUCAGGGACUUGAGUCUACUUAAGUAUUUGUAACUUGUGAUCAAUCCAAUAUUCUAUUUCUUUUAGAAUUUUGAGCCCUAAAAAAUGACUCUUAAUAAUUACCAAGUUUAUAGGAAAGAUGCUAACAAAUUUUAAAUAUUAACUCUUAUGCAUCCUUUGGUUAUUUUUUUUCCCACUUAAGCUUUGUUUCUUGUUGACUUACACAUUUCUUUUAAAUCUUACUGAAUGAUCAGUAGUCUGAAUUAUGUAUAUUGUAAUUUUAAAGUCCUACAGUUUUUCCCUGAAACUUUUGAGUCUUGGGAUUGAACUUCUAAUUGUUUCCAGAAAUAAUGCCUUUGAAAGUUGAAAUUGUCCAGGUUUACAUUGUAAAUGGCACUCAACACUCAGCUUUUAGAUUAUCUAAAUUAAAGAAAGACAUUGCCUGCAGUAGUUUGAGAGCUUAAUAUAGUAGCUGGGCAUUCAUUCUUGCAGCUAAAAACUUGGUGUGAUAAACAGGAGUCUGACCUGGCCGUUGCCUUUUCUCAUCUGCAGGUGUGUGUGGUUUCAGCGCAGCAUGGCUGUGGUCAUCCGUUUGCAAGGUCUCCCAAUUGUGGCAGGGACCAUGGACAUUCGCCACUUCUUCUCUGGAUUGACCAUCCCUGAUGGGGGCGUGCAUAUUGUAGGGGGUGAACUGGGUGAGGCUUUCAUCGUUUUUGCCACUGAUGAAGAUGCAAGGCUUGGUAUGAUGCGCACAGGUGGUACAAUUAAAGGGUCAAAAGUAACACUGUUGUUGAGUAGUAAAACAGAAAUGCAGAAUAUGAUUGAACUGAGUCGUAGGCGUUUUGAAACUGCCAACUUAGAUAUACCACCAGCAAAUGCUAGUAGAUCAGGACCACCACCUAGCUCAGGAAUGAGCGGCAGGGUAAACUUGCCUACAACUGUACCCAACUUUAAUAAUCCUUCACCAAGUGUAGUUACUGCUACAACUUCUGCUCAUGAAAGCAACAAAAACAUACAGACAUUUUCCACAGCCAGCGUAGGAACUGCUCCUCCAAGUCUGGGGGCUUCUUUUGGAAGCCCAACGUUCAGCUCGACCAUUCCAAGUACAGCCUCUCCAAUGAAUACAGUCCCACCACCGCCAAUUCCUCCAAUCCCUGCAAUGCCUUCUUUGCCACCGAUGCCAUCCAUUCCCCCAAUACCAGUUCCUCCUCCAGUACCUACAUUGCCUCCUGUGCCUCCUGUUCCUCCUAUUCCCCCAGUCCCUUCAGUGCCACCCAUGACCCCACUGCCACCCAUGUCAGGUAUGCCACCCUUGAAUCCACCACCUGUGGCACCUCUACCUGCUGGAAUGAAUGGCUCUGGAGCACCUGUGAAUCUGAACAAUAAUCUGAACCCUAUAUUUUUGGGUCCAUUAAAUCCUGUUAACCCUAUCCAGAUGAACUCUCAAAGCAGCGUGAAGCCACUUCCCAUCAACCCUGAUGAUCUGUAUGUCAGUGUACAUGGAAUGCCCUUUUCUGCAAUGGAAAAUGAUGUCAGAGAUUUUUUCCAUGGGCUCCGUGUUGAUGCAGUGCAUUUGUUAAAAGAUCAUGUAGGUCGAAAUAAUGGGAAUGGAUUGGUUAAGUUUCUCUCCCCUCAAGAUACAUUUGAAGCUUUGAAACGAAACAGAAUGCUGAUGAUUCAACGCUAUGUGGAAGUUAGCCCUGCCACAGAGAGACAGUGGGUGGCUGCUGGAGGCCAUAUCACUUUUAAGCAAAGUAUGGGACCUUCUGGACAAGCUCAUCCCCCUCCUCAAACACUUCCCAGGUCAAAAUCGCCCAGUGGGCAGAAAAGGUCAAGGUCAAGAUCACCACAUGAGGCUGGUUUUUGUGUUUACUUGAAAGGGCUACCAUUUGAAGCAGAAAACAAGCAUGUCAUUGAUUUUUUUAAGAAGUUGGAUAUUGUAGAAGAUAGUAUUUACAUAGCUUAUGGACCCAAUGGGAAAGCAACUGGUGAAGGCUUUGUAGAGUUCAGGAAUGAGACUGACUAUAAAGCUGCUCUGUGUCGUCAUAAACAAUACAUGGGCAAUCGCUUUAUUCAAGUUCAUCCAAUUACUAAGAAAGGUAUGCUAGAAAAGAUAGAUACAAUUCGAAAAAGACUCCAGAACUUCAGCUAUGACCAGAGGGAAAUAAUGUUAAAUCCAGAGGGGGAUGUCAAUUCUGCCAAAGUCUGUGCCCACAUAACAAAUAUUCCAUUCAGCAUUACCAAGAUGGAUGUUCUUCAGUUCCUUGAAGGAAUCCCAGUGGAUGAAAAUGCUGUACAUGUUCUUGUUGAUAACAAUGGGCAAGGUCUAGGACAGGCAUUGGUUCAGUUUAAAAAUGAAGAUGAUGCACGUAAGUCUGAACACUUACACCGUAAAAAACUGAAUGGGAGAGAAGCUUUUGUUCAUGUAGUUACACUAGAAGAUAUGAGAGAGAUUGAAAAAAAUCCCCCUGCCCAAGGAAAAAAGGGUUUAAAGAUGCCUGUGCCAGGUAAUCCUGUAGUACCGGGAAUGCCCGCUCCUGGGAUGCCUGCUCCUGGGAUGCCUGCUCCUGGGAUGCCCACUUCGGGAAUGCCUGCUGCAGGAAUACCCGCUGCAGGAUUGCCCGCUGCGGGAUUGCCAGGUGCUGGAAUGCCUGCUGCAGGAAUGCCAGGUGCGGGGAUGCCUGGUGCGGGAAUGCCUGCUGCAGGAAUGCCCGGUGCAGGAAUGCCUGGUCCUAGUGCAGGAGGCGAAGAACAUGCCUUCCUGACUGUAGGAUCAAAGGAGGCCAAUAAUGGGCCUCCGUUUAACUUCCCUGGUAAUUUUGGUGGGUCAAAUGCUUUUGGGCCACCACUCCCUCCUCCAGGAUUAGGAGGGGCUUUUGGUGAUGCUAGGCCUGGUAUGCCUUCAGUUGGAAACAGUGGUUUGCCUGGUCUAGGAUUGGAGGUUCCAGGUUUUGGAGGUGGACCAAAUAAUUUAAGUGGGCCAUCAGGAUUUGGGGGGGGCCCUCAGAAUUUUGGAAAUGGCCCUGGUAGCUUAGGUGGCCCCCCUGGCUUUGGAAGUGGCCCUCCUGGUCUUGGAAGUGCCCCUGGGCAUUUGGGUGGGCCUCCAGCCUUUGGCCCUGGCCCUGGCCCUGGCCCUGGCCCAAUCCAUAUUGGUGGUCCCCCUGGAUUUGGAUCUAGUUCUGGAAAACCAGGACCUACAGUUAUUAAAGUACAGAACAUGCCCUUCACUGUGUCUAUUGAUGAGAUAUUAGAUUUCUUUUAUGGUUAUCAAGUAAUCCCAGGCUCAGUGUGCUUAAAAUACAAUGAAAAAGGUAUGCCUACAGGCGAAGCCAUGGUG